AUGCUUCUAAAGUUUCCAGUAUACUACACAGCCCUGCUCGUCCUCACAAUCGCCGCCGUAGCGAAGCCGCAAUGUGACCCAAACAAAAUCAAAAGUCUCGAGCUCCGUGAGGUGUCAACUAAUGACGCCGCGAAUAAUCUCGAAGCACGAGAUACAAACGAGGAAUGGGAGACCGUCACCACAUAUACCCUGGACGAUGAUGAGGAUAGUAAUAUCCAAGACAAGACCGAUGCCGAUGCGAUCAACCCCCUCGCCCCUAGUCACUGCUCAAACUGUGCUAAGAUUAAGAAGGCGAAGCAAAGGGACGAGCUAUCUGUGUGUACAGAACGGGAAGGCUACAUGCUAUGGGCGGCCGCUGUCUAA